AUGCUCGCUGUCGAACGCGCCUCGCUCCCGGCCAUGGCCUCUGAUAGGCCUGACGAUCAAUCUGAGGAAAAGAUCGAGCACACUGGCCCUGAUGUCAUCCAGCCCCAUGCUCUCAUCGACCACCUGCUUCCACAACAACUCGGCCGAGGAGUGCUUAUUCCUCUAAAGACGACUCUGGAAAUCCGACAAGACCACACCAUUGUCCAGGCUUUGAUCACGAGGGCUCCAUCUACGUCUACUAACAACGUCGUCAAUCUGAUCCGCUCGAUGCUCCCUGAAGGCGUGGCUAACAACUUGCCUCACUUGCGAAGAUGUGCGAAGCCCGCGGAUAUCCCGGCUCAUCUCAAAACACAGUUCAUGAACGACUCCCCCGAAGGCCGCCAAGUCCACACGGGUAAAUCCACCUGGAUCUACAUCAUGCUUGGUGAAGAGAAAGACUUCGAUAAGCACGGCUUGGUCGCAAAGCUGGGAGCCAUCGAGGGAAUGGAUGAGAACGUCUUCCUCACCAAGAUUCCGAUCCCCAUGGUACCACCUACUUCUCAGGUGCAGGCAGCUAUGUGGACCUCGCAGUUUUGGCCUACGGUGUAUAGAAAGAACAACCCUCUUGGACCGCACCCUAGCAUGGUGGGACGAUCAACGGAAACCAUCAAGGAUGAGACAUCUCUGUGGAUGACCUUGGCCCAUCGCGUCGCCUUCCAGGCCAAGAAGGCGGGUAUCGGCGAACCCAUGGGUGCCGUCAUCGUCCAGCGCGAAGGGGGAAAAUCCCACCUGGUAGCGGUUGCCGGAGAUGCUCGUUGGCACCAGGAGCCCAAUAGAAGCGGUACCGGCAACCCCAUGGGUCACUGCGUGCUCAGAGCUAUCAGCAUGGUGGCGCAGAAGCUUGUGCGACACGAGAGACGUGCAGCCGGCCGCUCCAACGUGCCGCCUAUCCUUGAAUACGACACUUUUCAAGAUCUUCCGCUCUUGGAAGACGAGCUCACGGUUCAUGAAGACGAGCAUCCCAAUGCGGACGGCUACCUGUGCCACGGCAUGGAGAUGUACUUGACUCACGAGCCUUGCGUCCAAUGCUCGAUGGCUAUCCUUCACUCGCGGAUGGGCAAGGUCGUCUUCGCUCAACGCAUGCCACUUACUGGGGGCAUGUGCUCGGAAGAUCGAGGACAUGGCCAUCCCGAGCUGGAGAACUGCGGUAGAGGCGAGGGUCUCGGCCUCUUCUGGAGACGUGAGCUGAACUGGAGCUUGUUGGCGUGGGAGUGGGAAUCGAGCGACUGCGUGGGACCUUUGCCGCCGGUUGAUCACAGAGUCCAUGCUUAG